AUGGUGUAAGUCCCCACGUCAUUUGUGCUGAGCUGCAGGAAUUAGCGUUGCAUGCUGGCGCUGUGCUGGGCCCGUUCCUGGGACGCAUCCGGGUGCUGGUGCGAUCCCGGCACUAUCGGUGCUGUAGCGGUCGUGAUUGUUUUGACGACAGCCUCCCUGACCUUUGAUUCUUCAUCGCGACUUUCAACAUGGCCGACGUUCAGCGGUCAUAGAAUGUGCUUGCGACUACAUUACUGCUGAAAUACCUCUGCACCAUGUGCGUGUAACCCGUCUAAACAUCACUUGUGUGGAUCAUUGCCCACCACGUCUUACUUGACCAUAAUUGACUGGACUACCACCGAACGACACCCUCGCUUCAUCCCUCGAGAGCCGCGUACCCUCAACAAAUACAACUCCAGCAGAACGGAGCUUCUGUGAGAUCUGCGGUCUGAAGACUAUAGUGACAAAGAAGAACAUACGCCGGUCAGGAUGGACAGCUUCAUGGAGAUGAUGGAGGGCCGUUGCGAGCAGCUCCGUCAUGUGGGCUACACCAACUUCUUCGUGUCAAUUCUCAUCAUCAUCGGCAUCAUGUUCUCGUACCUCCUGCAGCACUAUCGAAUCAUUUCUCGAGGCACGUCCGAGGGAAUCUCACCAUAUUGGGUUUUACUUGGUGUUACUAGUGCAAACUCGCAGUUCGGGAACAUUUUGACCCUGCCCCAAUCUCGAGCCGAUGUAUCAUGCUGUAACCAAGUAAGCCCUUUCGAAUGCGCCGCUGGCCUCUUGGGUAUUGCUCAGAUCGGAGUGCAGUGGAUUUGCUUUGCUAUCAUCCUCGUUCUGUUUUUGAUUUUCUUUCGCCGCGACGAACUGCACGCGGAUGAAGAAGAGGAAGCCGACCCAGAAGUGGAACAACCCACGUGGCGCACAGCUAUUAGUGUUGCUGCUUUGUGUCUGAUUCAUGGUCUCUUCGUCGUCAUCAUCUCAGCUGCACUUGCACUCGGUGCACCGUCUUACUUGGGUGCUUGGGCAAAUUUCCUCGGAAUCGUCUCCGCAUCACUGGCAGCUAUCCAAUACAUCCCCCAGAUCUGGAUGACUUACAAGCUUAAGCACGCCGGAAGUCUCAGUAUCCCAAUGAUGUGCGUGCAGACGCCUGGCGGGUUUCUUUUCGCCGCGAGUCUAGGUGCACGACUCGGUUGGGCAGGUUGGAGCUCUUGGGGCGUCUAUGUCCUCUCGGCUAUAAUGCAAGGUAUUGUUCUCGGCAUGGCUCUGAGCUAUGAGUGGCCUUCUCGUGAGGAACGGGAACAACUUCAACGCCCAACGUACAACCGCCGAACCACCCCUCGAGUUCUUCCUUCUCCCGGGCCCUACUCAGCACACCUACAAGCAUAUGCAGACACCCAAGAAGAAAUUGAACAAGCUCUCGACCGGGAAAGCGUACAGGGAGUUGGCGAAGAUCAACCUCUUCUGGCACCGGGAGGCAUCGGCAGCUCUGGUGUUCGGUGAUGCGGCUAAAUUUUGCGAUUUCAUGCACUAUUUUCACUUCUUGCUGCCUCGGACAUCGUAUUUGACGGUUUAACAUAUGAUAUCUUAUUAUAUGCAUCUUGACCGCGUGGUGGCAGAGUCUUUCACUGCCUUUCUGCUGCAAAAGGAUGGCCCAGACCUUUAGAAAUAGUUUAAAGAAUAGUAAAGAAAAGAAACAGAAAACCUAAUCAGCAAGACUAGAUCAGAC